AUGAAGGUGGCAGCUAUCUUUCUUGGUGUCUUGGUCCUGCUCAGUUUAGCAGGUAACACUACGGCUGACUUCGCGGGCAAAAAGGCUGAUUGCAAUUAUGGAGUUACAGGAUGUCCCAGGAUUUAUGACCCUGUGUGUGGGAUGGAUGGAAUUACUUACUCCAAUGAAUGCACCCUGUGCUCUGAAAACAGGGAACGCCAGGUUCCUGUCCUCAUUAGAAAAUACGGACCUUGCUGA